GCUCGAGCUUCCAUGUGAACAAAUCUGGACAUCUCCGCGGGUUGGAAGGGCGAUGGUUGCUGAUCGCGCUGGCGCCUGGUUGCUGAUCCUAGCCUGGCUCAAUUGUGGCCUAGCUGAGGAGAAGGAGUGUGACAGUCACAGUCCUAGUGAGGCUCAGUGCGACAGUCAUGGGGUACUCAGUGCGGACUUUCUGCAGUUGCGCACUGAGACACAGCCCUUGAAGAGCAGCCCUUGGCCACAUGCUCGAGGUCCAGUGAGUGAGGUACCACACUCCGGAUGGACACCUGAAAGCUUCAUGAAUCAUUCUCUCCGUUGGACUUAUAAAGAUCCACUUGGCCAGUAUAUGAAUAUGUUUGCUGCUGGUGCAGUCAUUGAUGUAGAUGAGAAUCUCUUCCAGAUGACGUACAAAGGGAUCUUCGCCUUCAAUAAGAAUGGCAAGCAGAUUUGGCACUACGAGACACCAGGCGUUUCCAACAACGAGCCCCUCCUCGUGGACGACCUGGUACUGGGCUCCACCCAGCAGGGCAACGCCUUCGCCGUGGAGCGCCUCACCGGACAUGUCCGGUGGAUCGCCGCGCUGGCGGACGAUGCGGGGGGCGAUGCGGGAUAUCCCAAUGCGCACGAGGGCAUCUUCGUAGUCAGCGCACACAAGAGUUGGAAGGCGCCCACGGACGGCGGCAACGAGAGGAUCUUCGGUCUUCACGUGUCCAACGGCUCAAGGAUCUGGCAGUACACGCCGGAGGUGCCCGUGUGGAACUUCGCACCGCUCUUCCCAGCAGAUGGCAGUGUGGUCUUCAUGGACUGGACGGGUGGAGUGUAUCGCUUGAAUUUGACCACGGGCGAGGAGAUCUGGAAGGUCUUGGCAGAAUCCAACAAAUCCUUUGGAGAUGGCGGAGUAGCCUUAAGCGAGACCAUGGUGUACUCUUGCAGCAAUUUCGGCCAUUUCACCGGCGACGAAGGAACUCCUGGCGUCGUCCGAGCCUUCUAUUUGUCCAAUGGCACGGAAGUUUGGUCCAAGUUCUUAGAGAUGCCUUGCAACAGCUAUCCCGCAGUAGGGCAUUUGGCGGGUUUUGACCAAUUGGCACUCGUGGUGACGCCCGGGAGCUUUAUGGAUUUAUUUCAUCACGUUGGCCGCGCGUUACGCGGUGAAGUCUUGGCCUUGGAUGCUUUGACCGGUGCUCAGCUCUGGCGCUAUCCGGUGGCACCCUAUGACGGUGGCCCCAUCGGUAUGGCCGUGGGCGACUUCGAAGGGUUUCCCGCGCGGGUGCUGGAAGGCAUCCAACUGGUUUGCUACCCUGCGCAUUGGAGCGCGCCGCUGAUUGAUGGCUCUGGGCAAGUCUUGGUUGGUCGAGCCGAUGGAAACUUACAUUGGAUCUUGGGACCAGAGGUCGAGUUCCCGAACCUGAAGAGGACGGCCAACAUGACUGUCCGAAACGGACUCUUGAGUGAGGUGAGACACUUGGGCUCUGGCUUCAUCCAUGGUGCAAUCAGUGCUGGGCCGGGACUCUUUGCGAUUUCGACUUGCGACACUCUCUUCGUCUUCCAGAAGUGAACGACCCAAAAGAAUCCACCACUCUUGUG